CGGUGCCGGCCCCCGUGAUGCUCAGGGGCAGACCCCCAUGUUCCCUCGGAUCUUCGGCCAUGAAGCUGGAGGCAUAGUGGAGAGUGUUGGAGAGGGCGUGACAGAUGUUGCCCCUGGUGACCACGUCCUCCCUGUGUUCACCGGGGAGUGCAAGGAAUGCCCACAUUGCAAGUCUGCGGAGAGCAACAUGUGUGAUCUUCUCAGGAUCAACACCGACAGAGGUGUGAUGAUCGGGGAUCGCAAGUCGCGCUUCUCUAUUGGCGGCAAGCCGAUUUACCAUUUCGUAGGGACUUCCACCUUCAGUCAGUACACUGUCAUGCAUGUCGGUUGUGUUGCCAAGAUCAACCCUGAGGCUCCCCUUGAUAAAGUCUGUGUUCUUAGCUGUGGUAUUUCCACUGGUCUUGGCGCGUCAAUUAAUGUUGCAAAACCACCAAAGGGUUCCACAGUGGCGAUAUUUGGGCUAGGGGUUGUUGGCCUUGCGGCUGCAGAAGAUGCAAGGAUUACAGGUGCAUCAAGGAUCACUUGUGUUGACCUGAACGCCAGCAGAUUUGAAGAAGCUAGGAAGUUUGGCUGCACGGAAUUUGUGAACCCGAAAGAUCACACCAAGCCAGUUCAGCAAGUGCUCGUUGACAUGACAAAUGGUGGAGUUGACCGCAGUGUUGAGUGCACUGGCAACGUCAAUGCUAUGAUACAAGCAUUUGAAUGUGUUCAUGAUGGCUGGGGUGUAGCUGUGCUGGUGGGUGUGCCACACAAGGACGCUGAAUUCAAGACCCACCCAAUGAACUUCCUGAAUGAGAGGACCCUGAAGGGCACCUUCUUCGGUAACUUCAAGCCGCGCACUGACGUGCCCAAUGUCGUGGAGAUGUACAUGAAGCUCUGCUGGAGAAGCUGCCCACCUACGACCGCGCGCGGACGACGGUGCUGGCCAUGCCGGAGGGGGAGCUCAAGGAGGUGA